CAAACUUGUCAGCUAGCUGUGUGCCACACUUUACUCUGCCUUGUUCCAGAAGGCGGAAGGAGGGGGCUGCGAAACGCCUGCGCAUGCGCUCCGAGGUUGUUUUUCACACAGCCCGUCGUUUAAAGUGCGCUGGGCAACUGGGGUUUCCUUGUCUUUGACUGGAGACCGAGCGGAGAGGCGGACGAUAACAGCAUCCACUGCUGUUAUUCAGCCUUCACACAAUCUCAAUGAACUGCUCGCAAAGAAGCCACUGAUCGUGCCUCCUGCUUUUUGCAGGGCAGAGAUACUGAUCAGUGUCUAAAGGCUGCAUCCAUUUUCCUUUUUACUUAUGAGAUUAUUUUUCAUAGACGCUCUUUUUUUUUAACUUCAAGGUUCCUGCAAGCCUGUCUCUUUCCACCAUGGUGCUAGGAAAGGUGAAGAGCUUCACAGUGAGCUACGACUGUCUCAAUGACAGCAAUGUCCCCGUCUUCUCCAGCGGGGACUGCGUCUCAGGGAGGGUGAUCAUCGAGGUCACCGGAGAGAUCCGCGUGAAAUCGCUCAAGAUCCACGCCAAAGGAUUUGCAAAAGUUCGCUGGACUGAGUCGAGAAACGCAGGCUCCAACACUGCCUACACGCAAAAUUACACAGAAGAAGUGGAAUACCUGAAUCACAAAGACAUCUUGAUUGGACACGGGAGAGACGAUGACAACUCUGAGGAAGGACUCACCACUAUCCAUUCAGGAAGACAUGAGUAUGCAUUCAGCCUCGAGCUACCACAGACACCUCUGGCUACCUCUUUCGAAGGGAAGCAUGGCAGUGUGCGCUAUUGGGUAAAGGCAGAACUUCACAGACCAUGGCUCCUGCCCAUGAAGACCAAGAAAGAAUUUACAGUCUUUGAGCACAUUGACAUCAACACUCCACUAUUGCUGUCACCACAGGCCGGCACAAAGGACAAGACGCUUUGCUGUUGGUUCUGUACCUCAGGUCCUAUUUCCCUAAGUGCCAAAAUUGAAAGGAAGGGAUACACCCCAGGAGAGUCAAUCCAGAUCUUUGCCGAGAUUGAGAAUUGUUCGUCCCGCAUGGUGGUGCCAAAGGCAGCCAUCUACCAGACACAGACCUUCUAUGCCAAAGGGAAGAUGAAGGAGGUCAAGCAGCUGGUGGCCAACCUGCGGGGAGAGUCCUUGUCGUCCGGCAAAACGGAGACGUGGAGCGGCAAGAUGCUGAAGAUCCCGCCUGUCUCGCCCUCCAUCCUGGACUGCAGCAUCAUCAGAGUGGAGUACUCACUCAUGGUGUACGUGGACAUACCCGGGGCAAUUAACCUGUCCCUGAACUUGCCCCUGGUCAUUGGAACCAUCCCUCUCCAUCCCUUUGGGUCCCGUACCUCCAGCGUCAGUAGCCAGUGCAGCAUGAGCUGGCUGGGCAUGGGUCUGCCCGAGAGACCAGAAGCUCCUCCUAGCUAUGCAGAAAUUGUGACAGACGAGCAGAGGCAGAGUAGUCUCGAUGCUCCAGCAGCCCGAGAGGAGCUGGAUGGACCUCUCUUCGCCUAUAUUCACGAGUUCCGCUUCCAGCCUCCCCCUCUGUACUCUGAGAUCGAUCCAAACCCAGAUCAUGCCAGCCGUACAGAGGAGCGCAGGCUCGACGUUUGUCCAACACGCUGAAGUGCGUCGCUGCAAUUCCCCUGACCGAUUUCAGGAACCUGUUCAGCGAGGUUCAGCUUUGUUUAUUUUUCUCCAACGACAACGUUCACGCCACGCUGUUGACUUCAGGAGAAAGACAAAGUAUCCGACCCACCAACCAAAAUCUUGGACAAAUGCCCGCAGUUGAGUUGGGUUGGACAAAUCUGUUCCUGUCUUCCCUCAGCGGGAGAAACAGGAGUUACAAGUUUGUGGGUGUCGCUUCCUUCCUGUGUUCGCCUGCUGAGGGUGGGAUGUGUACAGUUGAACACAUUCAGUCUGUAUCACAAAAAAAUUUACCCCGCUAGUAGCGUGAGCCCUGGUGAUAGUACUGACGAUGAAAAGGAAGAAUCCCUGAGGCUCGCCCUGCCAAGCUUCUCUUUCACCCUUGAUUCUUCUGCACUCAUGGCUCAUAUGGACAUGGGUCCCCACACAAAGGGCAGGGCGAAUCGUGUCUAGACUUCAGCCGAAUCACAGAAAAACAGAGAGAGAAGAACAACAACAACAACAACAACAAUGUUCUUACCACCAUAGUCUGUAUGAAUGAAAAGUUUUCCAGCGGCAGCAGUCUUCACCGGAUAAAGACUAGGUCCUCCUGCCUCAUUUGGGAUUUUGUUUUGCACAUUUUUUUCUUAAUUUGAGUUGUGUGGCUUCGUUUAAUGAUGAGAAUUGGAAAAAAAUAAUCACUAAUAGUUUGGUUUCAGCCUUGUAAUGCACCAGACUAAAAAUAUGAGACUCCAGGCUUAAUUGUUAAGACUUUCUUCUGCAAUGCUGAGAACAGGAUUUAAUUUUUGGACAAAAACAAAAAAAAGAAGACUACAAAGGUCAAGAGCAAUGCACUGAAUUGGUUUUAAGCUGUUUAAGAAUGUUCUUUCUCUCCUUAUGACAUUUCCUCAGUGACUUAUAACAACUAGACUGGACUUUUACAACAGCUGCAGUACACUUAUUUUCAUCUGGAAGCUCUUUAAGAUGUUGCCUCAGCUUGGAUCCAAGUGUGGCUUUCCUCCUCUUUUUAAGUUUAGUUCUAUUAUUCUGCUCUUGUGUUGAGCUCUUGUGUGGUUGCUCUCGAUUUGGACUAGGAGGGUUGCAGAGCUGCCUUUGCCACUAAAAUGGUAGCUGACGAGAAAAAGGUUUUCGUGUGUGGAAAAGAAGGUGGUGCAUUGUGGAGGGACUCGCCUCACCCUAAUCGCCUGCAGCCCCUCUACUCCCUAUCUCAGGGCAAGCCAGGCUUGUGUAACUGCCCAAAAAGCACUGUCUCAGGUGGUCUUCUCACUUGCCAAACGGUUGGAGAAAAAAAAAAUGUUAGUUUUCUUUUAAAUUGCACUGUUAAAUAUAAUGAAGAGUUCUUUUUUUUUUUUUAAACUACCAGAACGAGAGAAUAGACCUGUAGAGAAGCAAGGCAGCUUUCUGAGAUGAAUCACAUUCCCUUUUUUGUCCUGCUGCACUUGCCCAGUUCAACCAACCAACCAACAUUUAGAUUUUACCAGACCAGUGAAGCCAAAAUGCUAUGUAUAAAAAAAAGAAGAGGGGAAAUAGAGGAAUGACUCUGCUUCUGCACUAAAGAGGCAAACCCAGGACAAAUGAAUAGCUGGGGACGUUGCUAAACUUCUGUUCAGGCUGGUCAGAACAAGUAGUGGUAGGUUGACAUGAGUAAUACAUUGGUUUUCUAACUCAUUCAGCAACAACAAAAAGACCAGCUGCAACAGUAGUUUGACAUAGUCAGGGGGAAAAAAAAAGCAAAGCAGGCCUUUUUUUGAUAAGAAAAUAAGAAAAAUAAAAAGCAUUCACUGGUGAAGGUCUGGAGAAAAAACAAACAUGUGUAGGACGUAAACUUAUUAUUAAUCUUUUGAAGAUUAAUAACCUUUUUUUUUAAGUUUACAUUUAAACGUACCUUACACAAGUUCGUAUGUGUUGUGUGUGUGUGUGCGUGUGUGCAUGCAUGCUCUUAUCGAGAUCCAGCUGGCAACUAAAUAUAGAGCUUCUGACGGUAAUCAACGAACUGCAGAUUAUUAAAGUGAUCUUAUCUUAGUGGCCUUGACUCAGUAAAGACCUGAUCAUGAUUCUUCAUCUUUCAGUGUCUACGUUAACUCUUGUUCUCCUUUUUAUGUUUGUGUGUUUUACACCUUUCUGUGUUUGUUUUUUUUCUGAAGGACAAAAAGGGAAGAGGUAAAAAAAGUCCUUUAGGAGCAAGUGUUUGAAAAAAGACUUCUUGGACAGAUUUCUCGAUUGUGUUCAUUUUCUGAAGCUGAUAACAAUUUUUUUUCCAUGUAUAUCUGGGCAUUGAUAUUGUUUGUUUUCUAGUUUAACAAGCAACCUUUCUGAGUUGGUCUCCCUGACCUCUGACCCCCCCCCCCCCCAGGCCUGGGGCUGCAGCUGUUGACCAGCGACCCUGCCCCCCCUGCUCCUGCGAAACAUUUAGGUAACAUGGGACAGCAAAGUGCUCCCUCCACAGCAGACUCAUGUUCUAUCCUGUUAUGUUUGUUUGCAGUUCUUUGUUUGGAAUUUUACCUUAGGGAAAGUGAAUCAAGCUACACGCUAAUGAAUAAGCUGACAUAUUUGUUUCAGGUUGGUCGAUUCCAUAGUCCAUUUGCUUGGGCCUCAGAGUAGUCCAGUGUCAAAACUAAGCUAAACUCCUGAUCUAUCAAAGGCAGGAACUGAAGUGUUCAGAGUUUAAAUAACCCCGAGAGACGGGAUCUGAAUCAUUUUAGAAACAAAGUGCAAUAUUACUCUCUGAAUUUUCUUCAUUCUCCAUUUGUAUGUUUGUUUCUGUCCUUUUUUUUGUCUGUAAAUCAUGACGGUGUAUAGAUAUUCUAUGAAUAUACUAUGUUCUGAAUGAUUUAAACUAUUGUCUAGUUCUUCCUUUUGAUUUGAAUAAACAUUUUGUUCGAAAUUA